GUCAUGACUCUGUCACACAAGAAAAGACAUAAUCUAAUGCGCCUCCUUCUCUGUUCAUCAUUGCUCCCACCGUCGAAAGAGAGAGAGAAAGGGGGAGAAAAAGAGUUUUAGAGAGAGAAAUGUAUGUGGUGCCUCCGCCUAAGGGUUCCGAUUCAACGGGCGGCGCCACCGAUGGAACGGGGGUGCUACGGACUUACCAGACCUGGAAAGGCAGCAACAUAUUUUUCCUUCAGGGAAGGUUUAUAUUUGGACCCGAUGCGAGGUCACUCGCGUUAACGAUAUUCCUUAUAGUUGGUCCAGUAGCUGCUUUUUGUGUAUUUGUUGCCAGAAAACUGAUGGAUCAUUUUUCACAUCACUGGGGAAUAUCAAUAAUGGUGGUGGCUGUUGCUUUUACAAUAUAUGUGAUAGUCCUUCUUCUACUGACCUCUGGAAGAGAUCCUGGUAUAGUUCCUCGUAAUGCACAUCCUCCAGAGCCAGAAAGUUAUGAUUGUGCCGAAGCUGAGGCUGGCAAAACACCAGAGUCACGUUUGCCUCGAACCAAGGAUGUAAAUGUGAAUGGAGUAAUUGUGAGGAUCAAAUACUGUGAUACCUGCAAGCUUUAUAGACCUCCGCGUUGUUCACACUGUUCGAUAUGCAAUAACUGUGUUGAACGAUUUGACCAUCACUGCCCUUGGGUUGGACAGUGUAUUGGAAUGCGGAAUUACCGGUUCUUCUUCAUGUUUGUCUUCUCAUCAACUCUUCUUUGCAUAUAUGUAUUUGGAUUUUGCUGGGUCUACAUCUUGAGAAUCAAGGAUCACGAGAGGAUAUCAGUCUGGAGGGCAAUGAUUAAGACUCCUGCUUCCAUUGCACUGAUAAUUUACUCUUUCAUAGCAGUCUGGUUUGUAGGAGGCCUUUCUGUCUUUCAUCUUUAUCUCAUCAGUACAAACCAGUCUACGUAUGAAAACUUCAGAUACCGAUAUGAUCAACGAGCCAACCCGUAUAACAAAGGGAUAAUCAACAACUUCAUGGAGAUUUUCUGCACCAGCAUUCCUCCAUCCAAGAACAAAUUUCGGGCAUUGGUUCCAAAAGAGCCUGGAAUUCCACCUCGUGUGGUGGGUGGAAGUUAUGUUGGUCAAGGCAUGGGGAAAGCUGCGAGUGACAUAGAAAUGGGAAGGAAGCCUGCUUGGGAUGAUGCAGUCGCUACUGAAAGUGAAUUUGAAGAAGGGCAGCUGAGCAACAACGAUGAUCUGGACAAGGAUGGUGGGCUCACCGACUUGUCCCCGGAUUUAAGUAGGAUCAACUUUUCUGAGGGCACAGAGGGACGAGGUAUCCUACAUCCAAGGCGUUCGAGUUGGGGAAGGAGAAGUGGAAACUGGGACUUAUCACCUGAAGUUAUUGCUAUGGCAUCUGGAGUUGGGCAGUCAAAUAGAAUCUCUGGUUUAAGUAGUGGCAACCUAGUGCCAGAGACUCGGCAAUGACAGAUGAAUUAUUUGGUGUGAAAUAAACAGGGAUAGUGAAUUGACAAAUGGGUAAAGAGAGAAAAAAGGAAAAAAAAGGAAAACAUUUAAGGACUGAGUGGGUAUGAUUGAGGUGAGUAUCAGAAUGUCAACUUUCACAUAGCUAAACCGUGCUAUUGUGUGUAUAUGAUAUAUAUUUAUGGGGAUUCGACUCUGUGCUUGCAUAGUUCUCUCUCUCGAAGAGUGAUUAUGAACCAAUAGCUUUGUAUUUAAUUUUUUAUUGACCCCUGAAGCGUUGGUUUGUGUUGUAUCUUGAAUUGCUUGUUCCAAUAUAUUUGUUGGGUGUUACUCCU